CGUCCUCAAUAUUUAUGGACUAACCGCCGUGUUUACUAUUAUGCCUGGAAAAACUAAAAUUAUACCUCCGCCUCCUGCUAAUUCAUGUCAACCUGGUGUUGCGAGAUCUUUGUUGUACAAUGGGUCAAAAUUUCAGGGUCAUCAGAAAAGCAAAGGAAACUGUUACGACGUAGAAGUGGUUCUCCAACAUGUUGAUGAAGAGAAUGCUUAUCUUUGUGGAUACCUGAAAAUAAAAGGCUUGACAGAAGAAUACCCCACUUUAACAACAUUUUUUGAUGGAGAAAUAAUUAGUAAAAAAUAUCCUUUUUUAACACGGAAAUGGGAUGCAGAUGAGGAAGUUGACAAGAAACAUUGGAACAAAUUUCACUCAUUUUAUCAAUAUGCGAAAUGUUUUAAUUCAGAUAGUUUUGAUUAUGAUGAACUGAAAAACACAGAUUAUGUUUUUAUGCGAUGGAAAGAACAUUUUCUUGUACCUGACCAUACAAUAAAAGAUAUUAGUGGUGCAUCCUUUGCUGGGUUUUACUACAUUUGUUUUCAAAAAUCUACAUCAACUAUUGAAGGCUAUUAUUAUCACAGGAGUUCUGAAUGGUACCAGUCCCUUACUUUAACUCAUGUACCAGAGCAUAGCAUACAGAUUUAUGAAUUUCGAUAAUCUUGAAAAAUUCAGAUGACUGUGAUUUUCAGUUAUGUCUGCUAUCUGCCAAAAAUCUUCCUGUAUAUUGUAUUCAUUCUGAACUUUGUAAAUAUGCAACUAAUAUCAUGAAGCAAACGUGAUAGACUGACUUGCUUUCCGCAGCAUAAAACUUUUAGUUUGCUGCAAUCUAACUCUUCCUGGUGUUUAUUUUUUUCGAUUCAUAAUGUAUAUUGUUAAUUGUUAUUAUUUUUAAAGUUAGCAUGGGGUCUUAGCAAUUCUCUUGCUUCGUGUACAUAAAACAGAAGAUAAAUAAGGUUUGUUAUUGUUUUAAUUUUAAAAGAAAAUCCUCUUCAUUACUGAUUUUUAAUAGUUCACUAUUUAUAAAGAAUUCAAAUAUGUUUUAUAAUUUUGCUGAGCCCAUAUUUCUAUUUUAAAGCUGAUUUCUAUAUUUUCCUCCUAAUUAGAUAUUGUUCCUUAUAGGAAGCACCUGAAAAAAUAUUUUUGAAAUAUUAAUGCUGAAAUUUGGUAUAUUACCUCAAUAAAUAAUUAAUAAGUUGUUUAUGCUGACUUGUACAAUUAAGGCAGUGAGAAGCAAAGGGAUGUGAGUGACAAAAUUAAAAAUUUGGAGAUAAAAAGUACAAAUGGUUGGUGAACCUCUCCUCUGUCUUAGGACAAGAGAUAGUACUAGUAGCUUUAAUAGGUGCUGCUGUACAGCAUGAUUUAGAAAAAAAAAGCCAACCUAGGAUCUGAACUUUAAAUGCAAUUUAUUCAAAACUUUAAAUAGUUUACUUACAUCCCUUUGCUUCUCAGAGCCUCAAUUAACUAUUAUUUUCUCAAAAUGCAAAAAAGAAACAAACAAAAUUUCAUUUUAAAUAACUAAAAUGAUUUUAAAAAAUUGUUUUUCUUACCCUGGAAGUUCAUUGUUAGCAGUAAACUGCAGUCUACUUCUAAAAACUGCAGUCCUCGGCUGGAAAUGACUGAGUUGGCGGUGUAUUUCAUGUUAUUUUCUUCUGUUAAUCCCAAAGGGGUUUUGCCUAUUUAUAAAUAUUGUAAGUCAAUAUUCAAAAUAUUUUGCAUGUAAAUUUUUUCUUUCACUCAUUAAUUUUGAAUCUGCAAAGUAACAAAAUAUUUAUUUUCAUUGCUUUAAGCUCUUAACAAUCUCAAGUAGACAGCUUUUUUAUUUGAGAUAAAAUGCUAUCAAAACUACUUUCUGGGUGGGUUGUUAUCACAAUUUGCGUUGUCUUUUCUGCCUGUUUCAUUAUGGAUGAUUUCCCUUACUUGAGGCCUUAAACCAGUUAAGAGGGUGAUAUCCAUUCUAUCCUUUGCUGCAAAAAUCUUUUUUUUUAUUUUUUAACCAGGUAUUUAGUUGAAAACUUACCACUUUUGUGCUGCAUUCCCAUCUUAAAGGCUUCAUGCUAAAAGGUAGAGAUUAGGUGGGGGAGAGGAACUUAACUGGGUUUCUCUUAGGGUCUAUUAGCUAUGCUUCUUUUUUCACCAUGGCACUCUGAACUCUGUUCCCAUAAUAGAAUCAUGGGAACAACCUACCUCUUUUGUGCUCUAUUGCAAUCCUAAGGCUUCAUGCUUAAAGGUAGGGAGUUGUUGGGAGAAAAGGUACCUAGCCAAGGUUAAGGUUUAGCCUGUUUCUUGAGGGGCAUACCGGAGCAUUGAAGAUACAUCACCAUUUGUGUCAUCUAAAUGAAAUUAGUCUGUAACUAGAACACCAGCCUUUAAAAAGAAAAAAAUGUCGAUAAUAUACAUCCAUGGCUAGUUUUUUUUUUUUUUUUUAAUGAGAAAUGGAGUUAGAGUGUAUGCUAUUUCGCUUAAGGCUAGGAUUAGUGCAUAAAUAAAAACAAUGCACUGACAAAAUAUUAACACAUUAAAAAGUGGGGGGGGGGGGGGGGAGGGGGCAUGAAAAAUUACCCAAGAAAGAAAUUAGAUUAGAUGGCCUCUGUAAAUAAAUUUAAGAAUAAAAACUCAGGAAAGGUAAAUCUCUUAAAACUAAGAGUAAAAUCUUCGAACUUACCAAAAUAAGAUCAAUUGAAAAUCAUUUUUAAAAAAUGGCAGUCACAAAAUGUGUUUAGUAAAGAACAAAAUUUAAAGCUUGAAGCUGGGAGUUACAAUUUCAGUUUUUGAUUGUUUUCAACAAAACUUUUUUUGAAUUUUUGUGAACCCUGUAAACUAUGUUGGAACUACUAUAUUAUGUUGUGUUGGACACCAUUUUAAUAUCGAACAUUUAUUUUUGCUCAUAGAAGUUUUUUUUUUUUUUUUCUACAUUCAUCUGAAAGCAAAUACGUGCGAAAAACCAUUUAAAAAUAAAGAAAUACAUACAAUUUUCUAAAAAAAUCUAUAAUUUUAAAAUUUCGGCUCCAAAUUGCAUGAAAUCAAGCUACUUGCAGUCUGAAGUCCUUUCCAAGUGUUACAAGUCUAAAUACACACGCAGACACUUCCUUUUAUAAUCUAUGAAGAAAAACAAAUAUUUUGCCCUGCAGCUGUUUUAUAUAUUUUCAUGCUGAAGAAAUCUCUCAAACUCCCCUUCAUAAACUGACAAAAGAAGUUCCAAAAAGAGGACUUUUUUUUCAAGUGGAUAUUUUUUAGUAGGGCCGUAUGCCAGGGUUCACCCCCCCCCCCUAAAAAAAAGUUCAGUUUGACAUUUAAAUGUGCGUUUAUAUUUAAAAACUUCCAAAAAAUAUUGUUCCAAAACUCAAAAUGUCUUUCAUAUGUAUAUUAAUUGCAUAAAACGCUUUCAUAAUAGGGAACCCGAAGACAUGAAUGUCAGCAUAAAUAGCGCAAAGCUCCGCGUGAAGGUUUUUAAACCCUCCCCGAAACUAUUUUCUGGUCACGACCCUGUAUUUUAGAGCUAUAAAUUUUGGAAUGUUUAAAAAGGGAAAGAAAGCGUUGCUAUUAUAUGGUUUUGUUUGCGACGCAUGGUGGUGAGUUUAAUCUGUGAUAAUUUCUAUGCAAAAAUAACAUGGCUAAAAUAACAUAGCAAAUAUUAAAGUAUUUUAUUUAAAGACAAAACAAUAAUUGAUAAACAAAGUUUUGCCUCUUGUAUAUUAAUGUGAAUCUUAACAAAGCAAAGUAAUUUCAUUUCAUCUUUCAUAAAAACAGUGGUUAUGUAAAAAUUAUUUUGCUGAAGUAAAUAAUUUGGGAGUAGGAACUGAAAAUUGCUGUAAUUUUAUUGUUUGAAGGUUUUACUGAAAAAUUUAAUGCAUGUGAAAUAUGGAUGUACAUACCCAGUGUUUGUUGCUACUUAUGUUAAAUUUUCAGACUGAAGCUUUAUACAUAAGUUUUGCAGGUUACAGUUAGAAAAACUCCAAUAACCUUAACUUUUCGGGAUUAGGCUGAUAUAUACAUGAAAGGAUAUUUCUAUAAUUUAAAUCAACAUAGCUUUUUCUUAAUAUCCUUUUUGAAGUGGAGCUCUUGAUGCAUGAAAUAUUACGAUAACGCAUUACGUUGAAGUGGUAUAUAAAUGUCUUCACUUCAAGAAGGCAUCUAGUUAGUGUUUAAGAGCUCUCAAGCAUAAAAUUAUUCCCGGGAAAGGGAGCUACAUAAACUUAUUGAACUAAGAACCAAUCAGCAGCUGAAGUCAACUAUUGUUCCCCUAGCGGUCAAAGUAAGCAGCUGAGAGUCAAUUUAUUAGAUGUAGCUUUGGAUGAAGAAACAGACAUGUACAGUAUAGGACUCCAAUUUCAGAGUAUCCCAAAAUCAGGAAGAGCCAAAACAUUGCACUUACAGCUUACUUUAAUGCUUGGAUGCUACAUUUCAUGCGUAAAAUUAGCAUUUUGCUGUGAGUGUGCAGCAAUCUUUUAACAUCCGCUUUUUGGUUUACACUACUACUUUUUAUUUUCUUUGUAUGCAUUACAAAGCAGAUUCAUUUAAAAUCCAAAGCUAUUUUUGGUUCAAAUGUGAUUAAUUUAUUGCAUCGAUUGCCAUAUCCUAUAAUAGUGUACAUAAUCCAUUGUUAUGACAAGCAACAUCCCCGGACCUUACGCCAAUGCAAGUUAUUGUCGACUUUUUUUAGCAUACCAAAGUAUGCUUUCCUUGAAAUUGAUUUGAAAAGAAAAGACAUUUAGAAAAUGUGCCUGAUAUCUCACAGUACGAUAAUUUUUGCUGUUUUUUGGGUCAAGAUUCUAAAAUCUGGAAAUGUCAUUGUCACAAAUGUUCGAGAUGUGGGAUCCUGUACUGUAAUGUUUGGAAAACUACAUCUUUACCGAUUUCUCAAUUGGAAUUUGAUCACCUUAGAUCUACAAAUGUGUAAGGUACAGUAUUUUUGCAAACUUUGAAAAUAAAACAUACUUAGAUUACUUGUGUAUAAGUCCAAGCAUUUUUAAAGAAAUACUGAAUCAGAAAAGGGACUUUUGUAUAUACUGGUUAGUGAAGAAUAAGUACUUUCCAAAACUUACAGAGCUAAUAAAUUCUUAAAAUGUCAUGAUCUUUAUUUGAAAAUUUCAUUUUUACCAGAGACCUAACAAAAUAAGGAAUAUUGCUUAAAAUAUGAAUGCAGUGGCCGCCGCUUAUAGAAUCACAUUUGUUUAAACAAUUUUGAUUCAAUAAAGCUGAAUUCUGGUCUGUUUUUGACAGUUUGAUUCAUUAAAGCAUUCAAUUAACCACUAAUUCAAUUAACCAGCUUCCACUGUGUUCAUAAAGUUCUAUUGAUUGAGAAUCUGAUAUGGUUUCUCAUUAGAAUUAAACAUGGCAUUUUUAAAAUGCCGCAUCGAUAAUUUUCUGCAUGUUUUAAUUUUGAAAAGCAAAAGAAACAAGCAGAUAUUGAACUUUUCAUUGACUGACUAAUUUCUGGAAGGAAUGUCGCAGAGUCUGCGUGUUUAAAAGUUAAAUUUUCGUGACUUUUUUGUUGUUGCGCCGUUUAUGAUCGACUUUUUUUCUUAUUACCCCGACUUCAGUCCUACUGUUUUAACGAAACAAUAAAGAAAUAGAUACUGGUACAUUUUGAUGCAAUUUUAUAUUAUUUACCCGACAAUUAGAAUCUUUUAAUGAAGUAAAUGGCCAACUGUUCAAAAAGUGCAGGAAAAGCCUAAUUUCCUAUUCGCCAAUUUUUUGUAUAGAUGAUUACAAGUGAGACGGAGCUCUAUUUAAACAGAAAGGCAAUGUAAAACCUUAAAAAGAACGUAAGGAAGCAAAAAAGGAAAAAGAUGUACACUGCAUAUUUUAUUGAUGUUAGUACAAAAUAAAAGCUACAGAUAACAGAAAUUUGCAAAAACGGACCACUUCAAAAGUAAUUGCGGAAACUAACUUUUUUCAUACAUAAAUAUGAUUAUUGUUCAUUCUAAAUCAGAAACAUGAUUAUAAAAUUUAUAAAAUUUCAUUUUCUUUCCUUGCAAAGAGUGUAUUCGCAAAAAAAAGGCAAAACCUAGAUGGGCAAAAUGUUCCCAAUUUUUGGAGCAAAAUCGAAAAUUAAUUUAAAUGUGAGAUUCCGUUUUUAUUUCUUCACAUUUUCAAAAGUUGGGGGAUAGAGCCACAAGCAAAUAUGUACUGUAUUUUUUUUCUUUUUAAUGGAUAUUUUCUACUCGGGUAUAUCAUCCAUGUCGAGGAGUUGCUCAUUUUUAUGUGCUGCAUUUAUAGCAAUGCAAUGCGGCGUUUCUGAACAUUUAAAAUUUCUUUGACAGACUCCUACUCUUUUCGGGGUGCGGCAAUCAUACGAAUGCGGCGUAUCUACUGCAAGUUAUUGUAUUCAGGGCGCCUAAUCAAGGGGGGGGGGGAGAGAUAUAUGCAAGCAUUUGAUGCUGAUUGCUCAACUCUCAUUCUCAAUUUCGUGAACAAUUUCCAAAUGAAUUUUUUGUUGCAUGGUGAGGGUUGAGAGGAACUACAUGCCUUCCCUUUUAUGCCCUACAUGCCCCUUUUCCUUAUCCUACAGAGAAAUAUUAGUAACUGAUCUGUCUUUGAUAAAAAUGUUAUGUUUACCAUGCAUGGAUUUUUCCUUUUUUUUCCUGUGACAUAAAUUUUGGAACAAGAAGGUAAAAAUCAUCAAACCUAUAAAAUAAAUAUUCGUUUUUGUUGCUUGAUUAAAAUUAAAACUGACCCAUCAUUUUGAUUUUUUCCCCUGGGGGGGGGGGGGGCUAGCGAGGAUGUAUACUGAAUGCAAAUUUUAUCUGAAAACAACAAAAACUGCAGGAACUUGUGUAGUUAAGCAUUAAUUUUCCAAAGCCAGGGAGGGGAGAAAUUGACCCUACUGACGCCCAUAAAUGUCGUGCCUGAAACAAAAGUUUAUGUUGAAUGCUAAAAAUGCAUAACAUAAUACAAACCCUCUAGUUUACUUAUUUUGUUAUUUCUUUAGUUUAAUUAUUUUAUUAUAAAUUUUAUGUCCCAUAUUUAAGAACAAAUUUAUUUAAGCUCUGCAUUUUCAGAGUUUUUCCUUUUUAUUUUCAAAUUCAAACAUCUGCCCCUGUUUGUACAAGAUUGCAUUUUAGCUGCUUAUUUUUAAAUGAAACUAAUUUAAUAUUUGUUUUGCUUUUUGUGUCAUAGUUAAUGACAACAGGAGCUGAAAGUUAGUAUUUUCAAACGAUUGAUGCUCUAGAUGGAAUGUUUUCGUUUUUGACAAAACAAAUCUUUAACAAAAAUGGUUUUAUCGCACCAAAAUAUGAGUUUUAUUAUGGUAUUGUUUAAAAGGUGUUUCUUUGUUUGGAUUUUAUUUUCAUAUUUUUGUAAUUAAUAACCUUUGUUUCCACCAGAUUAUAUUUCGUACUGAUGAUUGUCAAUUUGUUUCUUCAUUUUGUUUUUUCAACUUGGUCUUUCAUUACUUCAAAAGUAGUUAGUUUAUUUUUGUGACAGUUUUAAAUAAAAAAAACACUUACUUUAUUUUACGCUAGAAAUAAAAUUUACGCUAAAUUUGUUUCCUCUUGAGAUGUGUGUAGUCCUAUAUCUUCCUAAUUUUUCCUUUUUUUAAAGUGAUUUUUUCCCUACUUUCCCACAUUUUUUAAUUUUUGAUUAAUUAUUUCCUACCCCCCCCCCCAAAAAAAAAAAAACAUUUCGGGGUCUGAAUACUACUUUUUUGGCUAUUGAAAAGAACUGAUGAUGGUCUGUUAUUCUUAUUUUUUUAGCAUUUUGAAAAAGUUAAUUUUAAAUCAGUUGAAAUCGCAGCACACAAUAGUUGUUUGCAAUAAUAAUGUGUGCCUCAUUAUUUUAAAGACAAACAGUAAUAGUAAAUAAUAAAAUCACACUUGAUUUUAAAUUAUUCUCUUCAUAACAUACCUUUCAUUAUGUUUACCGUUUUAUUAUUAU